AUGUCCUAUGAUCGUUAUGUAGCCAUCUGCAAACCUCUUCAUUACACGACUAUCAUGAGUCAAGCAAUCUGCAGAAGACUCAUCUCUGGUUGUUGGAUACUUACACUUUUUCUCAUAGUUCCACCACUUGGCUUUGUACUGACAUUGGAGUUCUGUGAGUUCGAACUUGACCACUUUGCCUGUGAUUCCAAACCUAUCCUAAAAGCAUCAUGUACUGAUACAAGCCUCAUCGAGGAGAUGGCUCCUUACUGUUCUGCAUUUAUCCUACUAGUGACUCUCUCAUUUGUGUUUUGGUCCUAUGGAAGUAUAAUUCGUACAAUCCUUGGCUUCCCCUCUGCCCAAGAAAAGAAAAGAGCAUUUUCUACUUGUUCCUCGCACAUUAUUGUGGUUUCCAUAACUUAUGGUUGCUGUAUCUUCAUAUAUAUUAAACCUUCUGCAAAAGAUGAAAUGUCCAGUAAUAAGGCAGUAACACUAUUAGCUACUUCCAUUUCCCCCAUGUUAAACCCAUUUAUUUAUACAUUGAGGAACAAACAAGUAAAAUCAGCUUUAAAUGACCUGUUAAAAAAGUUACUACCUUUGGGACCUCAUAGGUAG